AUGCGUUCCUUUGACUUGAAAAAAGACUUGAAUACUCUUGAUACAAUACAUUUGCAACAAGUCGUAAACGUUGCCUGGUUUUCAACGGCCAUUAGCUGGACAAUUGCAGGUGUACUCUUGUUUUAUUCGACCAAUUCAGACACUUUGAAAUCGGACGAUGCAGUGGUAGGGGAGUUCUCGUUAGUGUUUGCAAUGUAUUGUGGUGCUGCAAUGAUUGAAGCAUUAGCAGAACCAAUGUUUGUACUCGUACAUGCUAGUGUCUUAGUCCAUUGGCAAGUCGCAGUUCAAAGUGUCGCAUUUUUCGUCCGAGCGGUUGUGCAGUACGUGGGUGUCGUGGUCCUGGAGAUGGACUUGAUGGCCUACGGAAUCGCAGAAUUGUCGUAUGCUUUGACGUUAUUGGUGAUGUUUCUCGGCUACUUCUGGCGAAGAAUUAAUGCUCUAUCAAUUGAAAAAGACAAGUUUGCAUUGACAAAGAUGACUCAGUUAUUGCCUGGAAAACCGGACGGAAAUGCAGAUUGGUGUCAUGCAGAGCUGAUGAUAUUGCUGGUACCGCUAAGUGUGCAAAGUGGAGUCAAGUAUCUACUAGCAGAAGGAGAUAAGUGGGUGUUGACUGGAUUCGCAUCACUGCAGCAUAUGGGGGUGUAUGGAUUGGUAUCAAAUCUAGGCUCACUUGUGCCGAGAAUUGUCUUUUUGCCGAUUGAAGAAGCUACGAAAACUAUCUUCAGUAAGCUUGCGCUAGCUCAAAAGAAGGAGAGUGACGACCGAAAUGACACACCGACCACGAAAAAGAAAAGUCUGGACGAUGGACAGACUCUGCUACUGGUGCUGCUCAAGCUUAUGAACCUGGUGGGGCUGGUGUUCGUAUGCUUUGGUACCAGCUACGCACACACGUUGGUGUUGAUGCUGUACGGAGCUGAGAAGGCUCGUCACGGUGUGGGUGCUGCGUUAGCUCUCUACUGCGUAUACAUUCCAUUUUUGGGUGUGAAUGGAGUUUGUGAAGCUGUGGUGCACGCUAUCGGAGAUGACCGUGAACUUAUGCGACUAAACAAGCUGCUCGGUGUAUUCUUUGCCAUAUACGCGUUCAGUGCGCUUGUAUUCAUGCAGGUACUCGAUUGGGGCACGUUUGGCCUCAUUCUCGCGAAUUGUAUCAAUAUGGGCUGCCGAAUCCUCUACUGUUUGACAUUUCUGGCUUGGUAUUUUCGUCAAGUAGCUCGAACCUCUCAGCCAAGCAAUAGCUUCGUUAAUGGCUUAUCGUUCUGGCGCCAAUCAUUGCCUGAUCGACUCGUGGUGACUGCAUUCGUAGUUUCUUUGGUGGUGACUAUGACUUCGCAACGCGUGUUGCUUCAUUCCGAGACGGAUGGCCCAGUACCGUUCAUGCGACACAUUGUGCAUGUGACUGUGGGGGUAGUUUGCUUCACUGGAACAGUGCUCACACUCAACCUGAAAGAGCGGCACCUUCUACAUGCUCAAUUGACAGCCCUUCGGGGCCGAUGCAAGUCUCAUGACAACUAA